AUGAAAGCGCCUAUGACGAUUUGCCAUGACGGAAUAAUCCUCACUGCGUGUGUUCAACAUAUAAAAAAACAUCGUGUGCUGUGGGAGCCUAGGAUUCGAACUGCGCUAAACGCCGUGCAAUUUGGCCGAGUGAUGAUUGGUGAUGACGCAGCGUCGACAUCAGAGAAGAAGAAAAAAUGUGAACAUCGCACUAGGAAAAAAGAAGCCCCAGCAAACAAACAAAGAAAAUAA